AAGUCUUAUCUACACAAAGUCAACAACCCACAUCCUCGGGAGAGACCUCAAACCAACCUAAUCGCGAAGCGCAAGCAGACGCGCAAACCGUAUCCAUGCCAGAACAGCAACCCGCAUCCUUAGUACAGACCUCAUACCAACCUAAUCACGAAGAAGAAGAGACCUCAAAUACACACCCACAGCCUUCAUCUUCAGAACGGCCAUCAGAGAAACCCCGUCCCACUUAUGUAACACCAAUGCUCUGUUUCAGCAGAAGGAUCGACGGACGCACAUGGUACAUGUACCCCAGAGACUCUGAUCAUGGAAGGAAAUAUCAAAGCCUUACGACUGAAGAAGAUAGAGAUGAGUUCAUGAAAGCUCAUGGCGAGGAGUUCGGGGGCAAGGCUAGGGGCUGCAAGGGCCUGCACAUCUAGCUGCAGAGACCGAGAAGGCGGGAGAAGCGGGAGAGGCGGAAAUUACAUGAGACAUGCAUGAACCCAACUCUUUCUUUUCUAAUAUUUUAGUGUGGGGUGUUAUAAGAGAACUCUCGUUUUGGGAGACGUGUAUACUUAUGCGCGCGCGUAGAGCCGAUAAGUCCCACGUCUGCCUGCAGUAAGCAAUGUUAUGAUAGGUUGCGA